AUGUCUUCCAGCCAGACUCCUGAGCACGCCUUCGAUAUGUUCACCGAAAGCACCUACUUCGACGAGGACAUCCUCCCCUGUGCCGACGUCCCUCUCCCUUCGAUUGAGUGCACCGAAGACCUCCCGGCUAACUUCUUCGACUCGGCCUUUGACAUUGGUUUCGAAAAUGAGAGCCUCCACUCUGAUAUGUCUGUUUGGCCUGCCGAUGGUCUGUUGGAGUGUAGCAACAAUCGUCAGGCUGAUCCCGUCGAUCUCACCUCCUCAUCCCCCUCCUCAGGCACCAUCGAGACUCUCUGGAGGCCCUUGAUAGGAUUAGAUACUAUCAAUGCUGCUCUGCCAGAUACUCCAACUCCCUCCCGUGCUCCCACCAAGCAUCGUGCGCCUAAGGCGAAGACCUCGAUGUCUGUCAAGACAACACAGAAGCCCAGGGUCACCAAAGCUAAGAAGACCACGAAGCCUGAAAAGGCUCACAAGCGCACUGUUUCAGCGCCCUCCAGCGGACCUCGUAGUGUGCAAACACUCUACACCCUACCCUGGUCACAUCUUUCCCAAGAAGAGAAAGGCCUUCUCCUCCUCCCUCUUCUCCAAGGAAUCGAUCCAAACACGGGUGAAAGGAUCGGUGAAGCUGGUAGCCUCCUUCCUCCGCCCUCUUUCGAGAUGGUCACCGACGAUGUUUUCGGCACCGGCGACGAUGGCACCAAUUUCAUGGACGAGCCUUCUCCCUUGUCAACUUCAACUUCAGCUGCAAGUACUACCAUCGACCUCACUGGCGAUGAUCUCGACCUCUCCGACAAGGAUAUCGCUGUUUUCCGCGCCUGCCAGGCGUUCAACAUUCAGCACGAAGCGCAGAAGAAGAACGCCCUCCCCACCGUUUUAGACUUCAACUUCGACAUGCCCGACUUCGAGUUUGAUGAAACCAACUGGGAUAUCUUCGAUAACUUUAUGCCUGCUACCCAGGGACUUGGUGGCCCCGAUAGUAACGGUGUCGUUGGCAACUCAAUCCAGAAGGUUACGACUUCCAAUGACAACGGCAAUACCGGCCGCGUCUUGAACCUACCUGACAUGAUGGGCACUGGGCUUGGUCAGAUGCCGAUUCCUUCCGGCGACUAUGGACGGAAGCGUCAGCAAGAAGCUCUUGGACGCAAUGCCAUGCUUCGUGCUACUGGUCGUCGUCGCUAG